CGUUAUCCCAAGAGAUUCAACGUAUAUUACGUAUGAGGAAAAGGAAAUACCUAUUGCCCUUUACAUAACAAUGACGUCAUUGGCUAGCACUGGAAUCUGUAUUGCUGUUGCUUUCUUCGUGUUUAACGUCAUGUACCGCCAAAAUAGUUAUGUGAAGCUGUCCUCUCCAAAUAUAAAUAACGUCCUGUUACUGGGAAACGUUCUUUGUUAUUGCACAGUUUUCUUUAGAACCGCCUCUACAGAGAGUGACGUCAUAUGUAAGAGUCGGUUAGUGUGUUUCAGCCUUGGGUUUACAGUGACUUUUGGUGCAUUGUUCUCGAAAACAUGGAGGGUGUACCGCAUUUUUACCAACAAGAAACUUCUAAAACGUACGAUCAAAGACUACCAGCUUCUGGCAAUAAUUGGUGUAUUUGUAGGGAUUGUUUUGGUACUUUUAAUUAUUUGGGAAUAUAUGGGACCCCAUAGAAUUGUAACCAAGUACUUAUCAAAGGAGGUAUACAUGAUUGGAAAUGAUGCGGAAGUGAUACCAUUUGUACGUGUUUGCCAGUCGGAAUAUUCGGACUAUUUUGAAUGGCCAUUAUAUGUUGUGGAAGGCGGCCUGCUAACAUUUGGAGCCUUUCUCGCUUGGGAAACUAGAAAAGUAAAGAUUCAAGCUCUGAAUGAUUCUCACGAGAUCGGAGUGUGUAUCUACAACGUGGUUAUUCUCAGCGCCGUUGGCUUGACCUUGUCGUUGCUACUGAAGGACCAAGAGGUUCUUAUGUAUGGAAUAACAGCAGGCUUUCUUAUCAUCGGAACGUUUUUGACACAAGCGGUCAUAUUUAUACCAAAGAUACAAGCGGUUAGAAAUAAGGUCAGUGGUACGGAUGGUAGGACUGCAACUGGAAUAAAUACGGGUUUUAACCCUUCUUCGACUCAUCAGGGAGGCGAAUAGUAUACAACGAUGUGUGGAAUCAGAAAUUGUGAAUAAAUGUUAUCAGUAGUGAAGGUGCAAAAAUAGCCAACAUUUGUCAAAAAAAAAACACAUAGACAUGGAUAUGGAUCAAUCGAAUCCAUAACACUAGUUUUCGUAUAUUUCGACUCUAUAUUUGAGUUCUGCAUCAUUUUAAAGGUCUCAAAGGAAGUUGUUAGAAGGAAGUUGUAAAGAUAAUUUAAAUAAACGUCAGUUAAAUGACCAAAAUGUAUUCUCCCUGUGUGAAAUAUAGUUUAAUGAAACAUUUUACAAAUAUUAUACUACGAAAUGUUGCUUCUAUGCUAACUUCGAUAUAACUGAAAGUUUUAUGACAAUUCAUAAAGGCGGAUGGCCAUAAAUGAAACAUUAAAGAAAUCAGUGCCAAAAUGACUGAAAACGUUAAUAACGAUUAAAUCCUAAACGUUUCAAGAUAUUUGGAAAGCCUGAAAAAGUUGAUGGUAUAGUCCAAGAAAUCCGUGCAUAAGAAGGGGCGAAUUGUGCACCUUCUGUGAAAAGCAUGAAACUCGGCAUAGUAGUAGAUAAAUAUUAUACGCUUUAUUUAAGACUGGGAAGCGGUUGUGGAAAUCCAAGAUGGCCGCCAAAAUCCAAGAUGGCCGCCAUAAUUCAGUAUACAAAGAAAAUGACGAAACAAGUGUUGGUAUCCUUUAAAAAAAGCUUUGUCAUAAUAAUGGAAUAUAUACUACGCUUCGAAUAAAUUUGCAAUUUAUAUUGAAAAGUCAAAAUGGCCGCCAAAAUCCAAGAUGGCCGCCAAAACUCACCUCUUAUUUUAAAAUGGCGAAAUAAUUGAUUACAUCACGCAAAUAGAUGUGACUUGGAACAAUCAUAUAAGAUAUAUACCCUUAUGUAAUCAAGACAAAAACUAUUAAGGUUAUUAUAUUCCAAGAUGGCAAGCAAGUUUAUAAAUCUAUUUACAGAUUCACUACUGACACUCGAUUGUCUUUUCUAAGGUAUUCAAGCCAUGUAUAUAUAUUGUCCGGACUGAAAAUACAUAUAAUCUUAUCCUAUGUUACUUGUAUUCGUUGAUACUAAACAGUUGCGUAUAAAAGUUUCUUUUGUUUAUAUGCAAAAUUAUAUAUGAAAUUUGUCCCGCCCACCCCUUUGUUUUAAUGAAGCCAUAAGUCAAAACAGUAACAUUAAAUAUCAAAGGACAAAGCUCAGAAAUUGAUUUCAAAACCAUAUAGGUUUACAAAAUAUUAUGCUAUUGUUAAUUUAUUGUUCUGUGUAUAAGCACUCUUUAUUUGUUU